AUGGUGGUCUUCAGAAUCAUUGUGCGGGACGGUGCCGUCCUUCCAACAGAUAAGAGGUUUUCCUGUACUGAGUGUGGGAAUUUUUUUUCAAACAAGUAUGCACUUUCCAUACAUCAUAAAUCUCACACAGGUGAGAAGCCAUAUUCCUGUCCUCAGUGCGGGAAAGGCUUUGUUUAUAAAUCAGCCUUUGUCAUACAUCUGAGGUCUCACACGGGGGAAAAGCCAUAUUCCUGUCCUGAGUGCGGGAAAUGUUUUUCCAUGAAAUCCCAUCUCAACAGCCAUCAGAGAUUGCACACAGGAGAGAAUCUGUAUUCCUGUUCCGAGUGUGGAAAAUGUUUUGCCCACAAAUCAAGUCUUGUUUCACAUCAGAGGUCUCACAGGGGGGAAAAGCCGUAUCCCUGUCCUGAGUGCGGGAAAUGUUUUGCCCACAAAUCAAGUGUUGUUACACAUCAAAGGUCUCACACGGGGGAAAAGCCAUAUUCCUGUCUUGAGUGCGGGAAAUGUUUUUCCAGGAAAUCCCUUCUCACGAUCCAUCAGAUAUUGCACAGAGAAGAGAAUCCAUAUUCCUGCCCUGAGUGUGGGAAAUUGUUUGCGAAAAAAUCAGCUCUGGUCACUCAUCAAAUGUCUCACACUGGGAAAACCCCAUAUUCCUGUCCUGAGUGCGGGAAAUGUUUUGCGUGCAAAUCAUUUCUUGUCGCCCAUCAAAUGUCUCACACAGGGGAGAAGCCUUUUGGCUGUGUUGAGUGCGGGAAAUGUUUUGUACAAAAAUCAAGACUUGUCACACAUCAAAGAUCUCACACGGGGGAGAAGCCUUUUUGCUGUGCUGAGUGCGGGAAAUGUUUUGUUGAGAAGGCUGCUUUAAAUAUUCAUCAAAGAGUACACACAGGUGAGAAGCCACAUUCCUGUCCUGAGUGUGGCAAAUGUUUUGUAACUAAAUCAGAUCUUGUCAAGCAUCUAAGGUCUCACACUGGGGAGAAGCCACAUUCAUGUCCUGAGUGCGGGAAAUGUUUUUACAGGAAAUCCCUUCUCGCGAUCCAUCAAAUAUCGCACACAGCAGAGAAGCCGUAUUCCUGCCCUGAGUGCGGGAAAUGUUUUUCAAGGAAGAGCCAACUUUACAGACAUCGGAGAUUUCAUACGGGGGAGAAGCCAUAUUCCUGCGUUGCUGGACUUGUCCUGGUCCAUGUGCCUCGGGUCUUCUGCCCCGUGUCCGCAUCUAGCAAGGUCUCUAACAGACAGACUGUGCGGGAUGGUGCCGGACUAUUGUAUUCCUCUUAUCCUGAGGAACCUCAGACUGUGUGGGACGGUGACGUCUUUUCAACAGAUAGGAGGUUUUCCUGUACUGAGUGCGGGAAGUGUUUCCCUUAUAAAUCCAAACUUAAUGAGCAUAAAAUAUCUCACACGGGUGAGAAGCCGUAUUCCUGUUCAGAGUGCGGGAAAUGUUUUGUACAAAAAUCACAUCUUGUCAGACAUCGGAGGUCUCACACGGGGGAAAAGCCAUUUCCUUGUCUUGAGUGCGGGAAACAUUUUUCAGCUAAGGUCAUUCUUCAUAAUCAUCAGAAAUUACAUACUGGAGAGAAGCCAUAUGUCUGCCUUGAGUGUGGGAAAUGUUUUUCAGUGAAGUCCAACCUUCAAACACAUCAGCGAUUUCACGUGGGUGAGAAGCCGUAUUCCUGUUCUGAUUGCGGGAAAUGUUUUGUACAAAAAUCAAGUCUUAUCAUACAUCAAAGGCGUCACACAGGGGAAAAGCCGUAUUCCUGUCCUGAAUGCGGAAAAUGUUUUUCACAGAAGUGCCAUCUUUACAGACAUCAGAGAUUGCACACGGGUGAGAAGCCGUAUUCCUGUCCUGAGUGCGGAAAAAGUUUUGUACAAAAAUCACAACUUGUCACACAUCAAACGUCUCACACAGGGUUAAAGCCGUAUUCCUGUGCCGAGUGCGGGAAAUGUUUUUCAGGGAAGUCCAAUCUUUACAGCCAUCAGAGAUUGCAUCGGAGUGAGAAGCCGCAUUCCUGUCCUGAGUGUGGGAAAGGUUUUAUACGAAAAUCGGAACUUGUCAGACAUCAGAGAAUUCACACAGAGAAACCACAUUCCUGCCCUGAGUGUGGGAAAUGUUUUUCGAAAAAGCCCAAUCUUUCCAAACAUCUGAGUUCUCACACGGAGGAGAAGCCGUAUGCCUGUCCUGAGUGCGGGAAAUGUCACUCACGGAAGUCCUGUAUUUACAAACAUCUGAGAAUGGACAAGGGGGAGGAUCCAUUUUCCUGGUCUGAUUGAGGGAAUUGUUCCUCACUGAAGUCUUGUCUUCCUGUACAUCAGGGGUCCCACACAACCCUCGAGGUGUAUUAG